AUGGCUUCAUAUGGGUUGGACUUCUGGUUAGUCAUGGCGGCACUCAGUGUCACCUCACUCCUGUCAGCCCUGGACAUUUCCGUCAUGUCUACCGCACUGCCAAGUAUUGUCUACGAUUUGGGAUCCAGCCUGGCAUACUCCUGGGUCGCGAACGGCUAUUUCCUCACCUCAACCGCGUUUCAGCCACUUGCCGAAGCAGACCAGGCCAUUGCGACAGGAGCAUGGGGCUUUGUGCGAUCCUUUGGGAGAAUCUGGGGUGUGGCGAUUCCGACUGCGGCUUUUAAUUCGGAGGUUAAUGCUCUACUUUACCGCGUCAGUGACGAAUCGGUCAGGAAUGUGCUCGCGGAUGGCGGGGCAUAUUCCCUAACUACUCGGAAUUUUAUGAGAGGCCUGACCUCGCGGCAGACUGUCAAAAGCCAGGUUCUGAGUGUGUAUGUUGACAGUUUGCAGCUCGUCUGGCAGGUGGGCAUUGGUUUCAGUCUGUUGGGAUUCGUCAUCACGCUCAUUGUUAGGGGCAUGCCCCUGCGUGAGAAAUUGGAGGGGGACUUAGAAGCCAUUGAAGAGGAAAAAGACAUGGCUCUCUUGCUGAACAAUUCGCCGAUUCUAGAAGAUGGAAUCAUUGCUUCUCCCGGACAAACUAAAGCCAGAGGGAUUGUCAAGUCUUUUCGCUACAUCGGGCCUCUUCAUUUCAGUGGGAAAUGGGGUAUCGAGGCUCUGGAGCUUAUGCAAAAUUUUGAAACCAUAGAUACCCCCGAAAUUCGCCGUCCAUACGGUAAUUGGAUAUGA